CGGGGAAAGAAAGCAAUUACUUGCUGAUUUUGACAAAGGUAACAGGGAAGAAAGGCCUAUGACUGACGACAUGAAGCUGCUCUCAGAAGAAAAUGAGAAUGGGCUAAAUUCAGCAGUACGAGCAGUGAAGGAAGACACUUCAUCGUUCCGUCAAAAUGCUUUGAUGUGGCAUAACCGCCUUCGCUGCAUCCACGACGCAGAUCGGCUAAAGCUCAACGAGUCACUUUCAAAAGAGGCUGAGGAAUACGCAAAUGAGAUUGUCACCAGACAUAAUGGAAUACUUGACCACUCGAAGUUGGAAACAAGGAGAAAUGAGGGCGAGAACUUGGCGAUGACUUGUUCUGCAAACAAGGGAACCCUUACAGGGGCAGAGGCUACUUUUAAAUGGUACAAUGAUAUAUGCGAAAAAGGUUAUGACUUCAGGUCAAAUAUCAUACAGAAAGGCACAGGUCAUUUUACUCAACUUACAUGGAAAGGAACAACCGAUUUCGGAAUCGGAAGGGCGACGAUAAAGAAAAAUGGCCGUUACUGUACUGUUAUAGUUGCAAGAUACUUUCCUAAAGGCAACAUCCAAAAAGAGUUUGGAGAAAAUAUUGGGCAAGGAGCAUACAAUGACCAAACCUGUGAAACAUUGCCAAAGAAUUAACAACAAAGCCUAAAUUCAUUGGCUGCUCGCGAUUGGAAAAUAAUGGCCAAAAGGUAGGCA